AUGGUUCACUCAUGCGUUUCGGCAAAAAUAAUAGACUCUGCUCUCCACUCCCUUGAACACCUUCCCUUGUCACAGUGUCGAAAAUUGCUGCAUUCUCCAAUGCUCCGAAAUGACACUCACCCAUCGCUCGCUUCCGCUCCCUCAUUCCAAUUCGACACUGUUGUAAGAGAAGCAUCUAUUCAGUUAGAUUUUCCUACGUCAAAGGUGAAAAAGGAGAUUCCUGAAGACAUGGUUUAUGAUCUAGAUCAUAUUGUGUUGAAAGAAUGGCUAAGGAUGCUGCUAGCUGGAAAAUCUGACUAUACAGGGGCAGAACUGGUUAAGGAGACUUUUGAGACCAUGAUAGUAGCGUUACCAGUGGCAAAGAUGACCUUAAUUGAUCGACUAAAUUUUCUCAAGGCUAGAGCUGAUUCUAGUUUAAAUAUUUCUACAAGCUACCCAUCUUUGAGGAAGACUCGGCCUUUUUCCUCUUUGUCGAGUCCAUUUUUUUCAAAAUCUGCCGAACCUUCAAGCAUCAUGUGUAGGCGCAAAAGAAAUAAAACAGCCACUGAUUCAGUUCAAGAAGCACUUGAGGAGGAUGCUCCUGGGCUCCUGCAGGUACUGCUUGACAAAGGUGUAUUAGUUGAUGAAAUUAAACUUUAUGGAGAGGAAGCAGAUGAUUCUCAUUUGGUGAACAUAGUUUUUCAGAGCUUGAGGCUGAUAGUGCUGGAGCGCCCUGAAUAUGGUUAUGCAACCUACUUCUUUGAGCUGGUAGAAUCCUUACCUGUUGAAUGGCAGGUCAAGCGGUUGGUGAUUGCCAUGAAACUGACUGCCUGUAGCAGGAUCUCCAUUAUUGAGAAUAAAGAAUUGGUGGUUGGAGAAGAUUUGAGUGAAGGUGAGGCCAAGGUGCUAAUGGAAUAUUGUUGGACGCCAAAUACUGGCCUGGGAACUAUGCUUAACUCCUGUGACAGAGUAGUACAUGACAGAAAAAAUGAGGGUUUUUCUUAA